GAACACCCGACAGCUGAGUUCCUGUUCUCAGCUCAGACAGAAACUGUGGUCAGUCGAGUCGCUUCAGUCUGAGAGAAGAUGAGGGUGAAUAUCAGCAGCUGCCUGCUGGUCUUGGUUCUGGGAUGCAACGUCACUGCAGCAUUAAGACAUGAAAUAGUCCAGAAGAAGCAGUCAGUCGCUCUGCCUUGUCCUCACGCUGUGGAGGGUGAAGUGACGUGGAGCAGAGAGACGAACAGCACCAGAGUUGAUAUUCUUACAACUGGUGGGAAAAGCGACAGGGAGGAGAAACACAUUCCUGAUCCAGACAGACGAUACAGUGUCCUGGCAGAUACUUUUAAAUCACUUCACAUUCGCAGUGUUAACAUGUCAGACUCUGGAACAUACUUCUGUAAUAACGCAGCAGCUGUGCAGCUGACGGUGAUCCCACCAGGAACAAUCAUACGUAACGCGACAGAGAAGACAAAUGUCACUCUGAACUGUCCUCCUGAUGCUGGAGGAUCAGAUGUUCCAACAUGGAGCAAAGACGGGCGUGAAAUACAAAAAAAAAAAAGGUUUUCCUUUUCACCAGUGGACAAGACAUUGACGAUAAGACACGUGAAGCUUAAUGACUCUGGACUUUACUACUGUGAUGGAAAACCUGCUGUGUACCUGACUGUGAUCAAAGCUGAGACAUCUGACAGAGGAGAAAAGACAAAGAAACCACCAACAACAACUACGAAGCCGACUACGACUACGAAGCCGACCACGAAGCCGACUACGACUACGAAGCCGACCACGAAGCCGACUACGACUACGAAGCCGACCACGAAGCCGACUACGACUACGAAGCCGACCACGAAGCCGACCACGAAGCCGACUACGACCACGAAGCCGACUACGACAAAACUAACUACUACAACUUCACCAUCGUCCAGCACCGUCGCUCCUACAGACCAACAACCACCUCUCACUUUGGUGAUUGGUACCGUUGUCCCCGUGCUCAUCCUCCUCCUCAUCAUCAUCAUCCUCAUCAUCAUCUACCUCAUUAAUAGACGCAGGUUUAAAAGACGAGGAACUGAAGAAAGAUGCCACGUCUAUGAUGAGAUUCAGGGUGGAGCAGUGUUUCAGGCUACAAACGGUGUAGAAAGAGUCCCUGCACCAGUGGAUUCAUACUGCAUGGCACAAUUUCCAGUUGGAUCAAACCAAGACGAUCCCACGUAUUCCACCAUCCCCGACCUUCAACCAAUGGAAAAGACGAGCGUAACGUAUGUACCUGACGAGUCCCUGUACUCUGAGAUCUGCGAGACGUCCCUCAGUGGAAAUAAUAAUAAAGGUUCCUCACAGCCGACUGACAACGCGUACUGUUUACUGCAGAACACCAGAACACCUGGAAAACAUCCAAAGUGACCGACAUCAGCUGUUUGUGAUGUCAGACUUUGGUUGAUGUCAGUUUUUGUAUUUAAAUUGGAACAUGUAUAAUAUUUUUACAUGUGUUUUAUGUAAAUAUUAGAUGUACAUUUUUUUUUUUUACAACAUUAGUUAUUUGUAGAUUCUUGUCUACCUGCUGAAACUGACCCAGUCUCCAGAGUAAAUGUUUGUAUAGUUCUAGAAAGUCACAGGUAACUUGAAGCUUUUAUAUUUCUUUAUGUUGCAACUUUUUUCCGUUGAAUUUCUCUCUUGUUGUUGUGCUGAUGCUCUGGUUGGAUCUGGACAGAAAAAACACUUCAUCACAUCGUGGUUUGGCUUGAAAUACCAGCUCAGGUAUGAACUAGGCUGAAAAUGUCCCCAGAGUUUCCUUAAUGACGCCUGGUUCAGUCACCACAAACACAACUAGAGAAAGGCUCAACUUCAGGCAAAGAAUAUCCAGUUUUGAUGCCACAUACACGCAGUCUCCUGGAAAACACGACUGGGACGUCCAGAUCCACUGAUGUCACUCUUACAAACUGCUGAUGAAUAUCCAGCAGUUUCACACUGCAGGUGUGUCGUGUUUCCUGUAAGAACUUCCUCCUCGUGCCUUUGUUCCCUGCUUGAGUUUAAAUCUCUCUGUAAAUGUACAUUAUUUUUUAAAAAGCAUUUGAGUUUUGAUCAUUUUGAUCAUUUUGUUGUCGACGUCAUCAUGACGUCAAGAGAACGCUUCAAACCGCUGUGACUCGAACCGAGCUGUCGAGCAAGGCAUCGUUAAAGAUGUCAUUGUGGUUUUUAAUAAAGUUGUCUCACAUCUCUUUAACUUCUCAUUUCUUUAUAGAAUUAUAUCACCCUCCUCCACCCACUGACUUCCAUGCUGACUGCUGUUUGACCUUCCCCUUUUCUAUUUCUGUGCAUCAUUAACAACCAC